AUGGGUCUAUUCAACAAGAAAUCCGAUGGCGACGACGAUUCCAACCGCCGAGCACUCUUUGGGCGGAAGAAGGACAAGAGUCCCGCAUCCCCUGCCAACCCUUACGCCCAACCAAUUCCAGUAGACCCCUACACCAAGGCCAAGAUCGGAGCCGGAGUCGCCCCCUUGCCUGCCGACCACCCUGCCGCCAACGGUGGCCCCGCGUCGCAGAGCCCCCACAACAUCCCCUCCGACAACAAGUACUCCGGCUACGCUGCCAACAAAUACGGUAACCAGGGCGGCUAUGGAAGUGAUCGAUUCGGUGGAUCUGGCGCAGGCGUCGGUUCUCCCGCCUCGGGCUCUGGCUCCGGCUCAGGCUCGCGUUACGGAACAGGUGGCUACGGUGGUCUCGGUAGCUCUGAUCCCAAUGACCCUGAUGCAGCUCGCAAUGAGCUCUUCAGCGGCGCUAAGCGCACACCCGACAACUCCAACUCGGGCGGUAACCCGCCGCCAUACUCCGAGGGCCAGGGUGGCCAAGGUGGACAGCCGAACUACGGAGGCGGUAGCAACGAGUACAGCAUGGCGACAUUCCAGGAUCGUCAGUUGACUGCAGAGGAGGAAGAAGAGGAGGAGAUCCAAGCUACUAAGAACGAGAUGCGAUUCGUGAAGCAGGGAGAUGUGGCGUCCACGCGGAAUGCGCUCCGAGCUGCAGCUCAGGCUGAAGAGACUGGUCGUUCUACACUGGCUCGACUAGGCGCCCAGGGAGAGUCGAUCCACGAUACUGAGAAGAGUCUGGAUAUGACGACGAUCGAGGGUCGUAUUGCGGAGGAGAAGGCGAAGGAGCUUAAGACUCUCAACAAGAGCAUGUUCGCUGUGCAUGUUGCCAACCCAUUCACUGCUUCCCGGCGUCGACGCGAGCGUGACGAGAAGGUCCUCAACACACAUCGUGAGGAGCGGAAUGUUCGUGACGGCACACGCUCUGAGGCGCACGGCACCAACCAGCGUAUGGACCGGGUGUUCCGUGACAUUGACCGUGAUGCCGCGAAGCAGGGCAAGGGCAAGAAGGCCAGUGUCACUGAGCGUGCCAAGUACCAGUUCGAGGCGGAUAGCGAAGACGAGCAGAUGGAGGACGAGAUCGAGCAGAACUUGGAUCUGCUUGGAGGUGCUACUGGUCGUUUGAAUGGUCUUGCCAAGGCGACUGGCAAGGAGCUUGAUGAGCAGAACAGACAUUUGGAGCGUAUUACAGGCAAGAGCGACUUCGUCGACGAUCAGAUUGCCAUGAACCGGGCCAAGCUCGACCGGAUUCACUAG